AUUAUUCCAAUUAAAUUUCAAUAUUAAAUUCACGCUAUAGUGUUGAAUACAUUCGACCUGAUUUCGCUUUGUGAGGUUCAAUUCUAUGACCCUCCUGACUGCCAGCAUUGAUCAUAAUAAAUUCUAGACGCUAAUAAAUAAUUUUCCAGGUUUGCAGAUUUUACGAAAAAGACCUUCGAUGGAAGCCAAUUUCCGCCACCUCUGGUAACUUUCUGGUACAUCCCCGAUAGUUAAGAUGACCAACAUGUUUUCUAUAUGGAAAGAUUGGUUUACUACGCGUUUGCGAACCUUAAAGUGCGGAUGGGUUGGAUAACUUCAGUUGGCAACAGUGCAGAACUAGCUUGGGCUAACGAAUAGCUCUUAGGUAUUAAAAAUUAGGCUUCCGGUGCGCGUUAAAUACCAUUUUCUAUUGGCAUUGGCCUAGUUUGCAGCCGUCUUUCGAUACGUAUACAUCAGUUCUUGGUUGACAACGUUAAGGAACACAGCAAUGUGCUAUUAAAUGACUAUAUAAGAAAUCGCGGAACUGUUUAUUACUAGCCCGGAACCGUUUGUGCGGGUAUCAGAUUCUUGUGAAUCCAGACAGUCUGAAAAAUAUUUCUGAAAACUAGAAAAACACGACUUUCCUUAAAAAAAUAAUAAGCCAAAGGUCCCUCAUUGACGCGCUUCGUCUAAAUACUUCAUUGAGUAUGUUCGUUUCGCCGCGUACUAUCAACUGGUGCCGUAUUACCAUUAUCUAAAUAGAUUUCAAUAAUCAUUAUCACUUAAAUUUGAAACAGUCGUUCCGCUUUGACUGAGAGACUGAGAGCUUUUUUCACAAGAAUCGCACGAUUAGUGAAAAGUUUCAUAUUCAAAUUAAUAGUGCGCUCGUAGCAGAUAAAUUUCGGUCGUAAUCAAUUACUACGAGAGUCCAGUGUGUGCAGUGUCGCUAGUAGUAAACAAACCUCGAUAGUGGGUCACAAAACUGACGCCGAGUAAACCCCCAGCGAAAUAUGCAUGCCCCAUCAGUAGACUUUCCCAGCUUCCCACCCGAUGGGAACAUCGUCAACCUCGCUAACCUUGCCGUUCCCAGCAGCUAUAGCCAAUUAAAAAUCGUGGACCUAAUCCAGGAGAAGAUUAACGCUCGCGAAUAUUUCUACGGGAUCGAGAUCUCGCCAGGACUCCAACAGGUCCUGAACUAUAAUUUACUGAAAGUGGCGCCGCUGUUCACGUCAAUUGUAUGGCUCGCCUCUCACAAUUGGGCCAUGGAGUCACUUGAUGAGGCACCCGCUGUGAGGCUUGCAAAACGUGUAGAACCUAAUGGACCAGUCUUAGCGCAUAUAUCGUGUUAUAAUUUAACGUAUGAUAAACUACGAAAGUUUCUUAAACCCUCGAUUAAUAAUGUGAUGGUGGUAAGGGGCGACGAUGUCGACGAGGGACAGCAGUAUCGGCAUGCAGCGGAUUUGGUCAGAGAGAUACGUAAAAUUCGUAAAGAUGAUAUUUGUAUUUCCGUCGGAGGGUACCCAGAAGGACAUCCUGAAUCAACCUCAAUGGAGGACGACUUAAAGUUCCUAAAAAGCAAAGUUGAUGCUGGUGCUGACCUAAUCAUCACUCAACUAACAUUUAACGAAGAGGCGUUGAUUGAAUUCAUUAAAAGUUGUAGAAAAAUUGGGAUCACUAUUCCAAUAGUUCCAGGAAUAUAUGUUCCGAAAAGUUGGGCUGGCCUGAAAUUUGUCUCUGAGAAGACCCAUGUGAAGCCCCCUGAAGAAUUAUACGUACAGUAUGAAAGUCGGAAGCAUAAUCAAACGGAGUUCCGUGAAUUUGCUGUACAGCAAGCCGUGAAAAUGAUACAUAGUUUGUUCGAAAGUGAUCUCGGGAUCUACGGAGUACAGUUUUUCACCCUAAACUAUUUUAAGAAUGUAUAUAACAUAGUCCAGCAAGUAAUGUAAGCCUAAAGAAGGAUAUAAUGCGGA